AUGCAACACCAGAAGCCCUCAACCUACAAGAAAAACCCACUCGAACAAAAUCAGUGGGGAUGCAAGUUUGCUGACAACUUCGGUUGCAGGAUCCAAAAAGACAGCACCUUCAAGUCGUAAGUUUUAGAAACGUCUUAACAUUUGACAGUUAGAACAGCUAUCAGAUAAGAUACACUAGUCUGAUAUUAAACAAAAUAAAUAACGGUAAUACAGUACAUAUAUCGAAGCACAAAGGAUGGCGUUUUUAUAAAUUAGACAAAAAUAACAAUAAAAAUUAACUAGACUUUUAAACACGCCGUUCUUUUUGCAUCAAAUAAACACUAACAAAUAUAAACCAUAAAACAGCUUUUUACCUCAAAUUAAGCUAAACCGCAUAAAUAACAACAAAUAGUACAAUUUUAUCGUUUAUAGGUACGAUGACCUGGUUCAUGCGUUGAUCCGUUACGAGAUGGCCGCCAGAGUCCAUCUGCUAAGAAGCAGUUCCAACUUUUUGAAAACCAACAAAAAGGUUAACUUUUCGGACGAAACCUGCCGGCGAUUUGUGUUCGACAGGCUGGUCUACAAGUGCCCUAAUCAUGAAGUGAUCAAGAGGUAUGACAGUCGUACCGGAGAGGCUCUUUACAAUAAGAGGGUAACGAAAAAGAACAUUGAAGAUGGAAGAAAAUGCCAGUUUACAUUCACCGUGCAGUAUAAUCCGGAAAUUGACCGGUUGCAAAUUAGCGCUGGGAUGUUGUACCACACCGAUGGUUGUGUCCCCAGAGCUAAGGAUUUGUUUGAAUAUGUUCCUAAGGACGAGAAUAACAAAAAGAAGCGGGCUAUUCGUCAGUUAAUGCACUUAAAUUUAAACAACUACUAUAGUAACAAACAUCAAAACAAAAAGACAAUAAAAAAACCAUUUUAGUAGCAAAUAAAUGAAUAAACAAGUAAAUAACCCAAUAUAAUAAAAAAACAUUGUAAGAUUGUAUUUUGCAGACAAAAUGAUAGAAGAAAGAAUGCCAACUCAGCUGCCAGUUGAAUAUGAAUUGGAAAAUAAAACGACAGCGUUUAAGUCAAAGAACAGAACGAUGAAAAUGCCAAAUCCAAACGCGCCAUACCAGCAAGACACGGACGCCUUUAUCCCAGUGUAUCCUGAAGAAAUUGAGGCAUUGAUCAGUCAAUAUGUGGCCGACUGUGUCAAAAAGCCGGCUGGCGAAGAUUCUGAAACCGGCCCAACAACCAGCCGAAGAACCAAGCGGCGUAUGGCAGAUGAAGGUGGCGUAGCAGCUAAGAAGGUCAAUGAUGGGCGUGCCCUGAGGCCACUUACAAACACACAAUUUAAUGAACCUGCCCAGGACAUCUACUUAAGCCAAACCGGACCAGCCCAGUAUAUAGCACCAGCCGAACCAAAUCAGCCAGUACAUGAAGGUCAAGCCGGCUUCUACAGUAAGGCUCAGGCAGACUACCAGCCGGCUGGUACAAGCCAAGGCUAUUGGAACCAGCCGGCUAGGAGUUAUGAGCCUUACUACAGUCAAGCGAAUACGGGGUCAUACUAUGAACAAUCAAUGGCUCCGAACAACACCUACAACCAACCAUCGGCCAAUACUAGCUUCUAUGAGCAAAACUGGUGUCAAUACGGCACUUCAACUCAAGCAACAAGCUACCCACCGGUUUAUUAUAGCCAAAGUGUGCCCAACCCAGUAGAAGCCGGCCAAAUGGAGCAGCGCGCAUACAGCCCAUUAUAUAACAACACAUUUGCCACGACCAGACACAAAGAAACCCACGAAUUUAAUGAAAACAAUGACGUGGCUUUCUUUAACGAAUUCUUCCAAACGCCGAUCCAAAUCACAUCGCAGGAUAUUGAACCGGUGCCACAGAACGCAGAUCCACUGUUGGCACAGAAUCCACUAAUCGAUGCGCCACCAAUCGAAGAGCCAGCUGAAAAGGACCCUCAACCGAGCCCACAAACAUCUCCACAGUAUUACUAUGAAGACGAUUUUGAAUGGGGAAACUUCUAUUAA